AUGCCCUGCCCUAAACCUGCCGCCUCCGUCGUCGGCGCCGGUGAUGGCGGUGGCACUGGCACGUCGAUCGUGUCCGCCGAGACCGCCACCGGGUGGCACGUGAUAAAGAUCGAAGGAUUCUCCAAAUUGCUCAGAGCAUACCAUGUUGGCAUGUCCACCCAUUACGGUAAUUUCAGCGUCGGAGGACAUAGCUGGUCCAUCGAAUGCUAUCCUGGAGGUUUCAAAUGGAAGACUGCCGAUUUUGUUUCCUUUGGUCUGUAUCUCCAUCGUCCUGCUAGUGCCACUGAUGAUGUUGACGUCAAGGCAGGAUAUAGGUUAAGCAUACUCGACAAAGACGGUGAGCCAAUGUACACAGAAAGUUGUAGUGUCAGGACCUACUCGAGCAAAGGAUCAUCAUGGGUUUUCACCGAUUUUAUCGAAAGGAAGGAUUUGGUGUCGACUUAUCUCCGUUCAACAAAUGAUAGCAUCUGUAUGAGGUGCGAUGUCACCGUCGUUGAGGAUAUCUGCGAAGAGAGCGUGGUGCCGCAGUCAGACCUUCACCAGCAUCUUGGUGACCUGCUAGGAAGCGAGGUUGGAGGGGACGUGACGUUUCAGGUCAGCGGCGAGGAACUCGUCGCGCACAAGUACUUGCUCGCAGCACGAUCUUCAGUCUUCAAGGCGCAGUUCUUCGGCGGCCAGAUGAAGGAUAGGGCUGCGACUCGUGUUCGGAUAGCGGACAUUGAAGCGAGGGUGUUCAAGGCCAUGCUACACUUCAUCUACACCGACUCCCUGCCUGACGAUGGAGAAGACAAGAUAGUGAUGGCUCAGCAUCUGCUUGUGGCUGCCGACAGGUAUAACAUCGGGAGACUAAAGUUGAUCUGUGAGAACACGCUGCUCACUUUUAUUAACACAAGUGUAGUGGCGACAACGCUUGUUCUAGCUGAGCAGCAUGGAUGCCAUCGGCUUAAGGAGGCGUGCCUUAAGUUCCUCAAGUCUAAUGACAAUUUUAGAGAAGUGGGUGGUGUUGACUACAAACAUCUUAUGAGAAGUUGCCCGUCUCUUUUCGACGAGCUGCUUGCUGAGCAUGGCCUGUCAGAUGAAGGCAACAAAAAAGCUUAA